UAAUUCAAUCAAGCGCAGCGCAACCAAUAAGCAAUAACCAAUAAGCAAUAACUAAUAAGCAUUACGGACCCAACACCGACGCCUCAGAGCUGACUCGAGCUGAAAUUGAAACUCAAACUGGAGCUGGUAGCUGGGAGCUGGAAGCUGGAGGAGUGGGAGCUUAUCGAGGCGACACUGUCUGCAUUGGUUUAGUGUCAGUGAGUCAGACACUCACUGGAACCUAUAGUCAUAGUUAAAGUCGCGACUCCACCAACACUAAACAAAGACCAUCACCAUCACCAUUGCCAUCGACAUCGACAACGACUGAAGUCUGCGUCAGCUGUGGUCUCAGCUUCAGUGUCUUCGUGCUGGUUUGGUUUGUCGUUGCUGUCCGGCAGGUUCACAAAUAAGUGAAAGUGAAUUUGUUUAUUGUAUAUUUCGCUAUUACCAAAGCGAAAGAGACGAGACGCAUAACAGCAUUGAGACAACAAAAAACAGAAACCUGUGCGAGCGAAUGUUGUUGGCUGCAACAACAUCAUCAUCACCAUCAGCCAGAAAGCAGAGCAAUGCUCACUAGAUCAAAGCAAUUCCAUUGAAAGACAAGAUCAAGAUCGUGUCGUGUCGUGUCGUGUCGCAUCGCGGAGAUUUGAUCAAUGAGAGAGCGUUGUAGAACAGCAUAAAAACUACAACGAGAGCGGCAACAAUUGCGACAACCGGAGGCAACAUGCCGAAUGUUUGCCUGUGCCAUCUGCUGCUGUUGCUGGCAGCAUCGCUGUGCCUAUGCCACACGGGAAAUGAUAAUGGAAAUGGAAAUGCGCUCGGCCAGGAAGUGAGGCGUGCAGCGUAUGGCAACUUUACGGAGCUGUCGCAGGCCGUGCAUGACUCGCUGUUGGAGCACGAGGAGCGACAGCGUGAGAGCCAGCGAUAUGGACACCGCUCGAAACGGGCGGUCAAGCGAGUGUGCUACGGGGAGCUCGGUUGCUUCGAGGAUUCCGGCCCGUUCGCCUACCUGGAGAUGCUGCCCUCGCCGCCGGAGGAGAUCAAUACCAAGUUCUACUUCUACUCGACGCGCCAGCGCUCGGACCGCCCGCUGAUGGAGCUCUCCUUCCUCAACAUGACCACAGCCUUCCGCGGCAAGGCCAAGCGCGAGUCGGAAGCCCAGAGCGUGCAGAACGAUGCCUCAGCCAGUACGAGUGCUCCCGAGAGCGGACGAUCGUCCAGUUCCGGUUCUACUUCCAGCUCGACUUCGAGUGCAAAUGCAACCUUCAGCACGGAGAAGCUCAGUGGCGGUGGCGGUGGUGGGCAAAAGAAGCCAGCCCCGUCCAUUGAUGACCUAGAAGGCUUCGACGAGUUAUCCGUUCGGGUGAUCGUUCACGGCUUCGGCUCGGCCUGUCCCCACGUCUGGAUCUACGAGAUGAAGACGGCUCUCAUGGCAGUGGAGGACUGCAUCGUAAUCUGCGUGGACUGGGAGAACGGGGCCACCUUCCCGAACUACGUGCGGGCAGCGGCCAACACGCGUCUCGUGGGCAAGCAGCUGGCCAUGCUGCUCCAAAAUCUGCAGCACCACAAGGGCCUCAAUCUGAUGCGCACCCACAUCAUCGGCUUCAGCCUGGGCGCCCACGUGUCCGGCUUUGCCGGCGCCGAGCUACCGGGCCUCUCGCGGAUCACGGGCCUGGACCCGGCGGGUCCACUGUUCGAGGCCCAACACCCAAAGGUGCGACUGGACAGCAACGAUGCGGAGUUUGUCGAUGUUAUCCAUUCGAAUGGCGAGAAUCUCAUUCUCGGCGGACUUGGCUCCUGGCAGCCCAUGGGCCACGUCGACUACUACCCAAAUGGCGGACGCGUGCAAACGGGCUGCUCCAAUCUCUUUGUCGGCGCCGUCACUGACUUUAUUUGGUCGGCACAGGCAGCCGAGGACGAGGAGGGGCGAUCGCUGUGCAACCAUCGGCGCGCCUACAAGUUCUUCAUUGAUUCGGUGGCGCCGCGCUGCAUGUUUCCCGCCUUCCCCUGUGCCAGCUACGAUGACUUCCUCAAGGGCAAGUGCUUCCCCUGCGCCCAGGACGACGAGGAUCUCGCCGACGGUGUGCCCAGGUGCGGCAACAUGGGCUACUACGCGGACCGCUCCACGGGCCGCGGCCAGCUCUAUCUCCUCACACGCGAGGAGGAGCCCUUCUGCGCCCACCAGUUCCAGCUGCAGAUCUUCAACUCGUUCAACGAUCUGCCACUGCGCACCAUCGGCCGCCUCGAAGCCAUACUCGAGGGCGAUGGUGGCCUCAACGAGACCUUUGAAAUAUCCGAAAAGGACGAUGCUGAGUUCUUUGCCGGCGACAUCGUGUCCAAGAUUAUUGUGCCCCAUCCCGCUUUGGGCUUCCCCACCACGCUGAGCCUCCACUACAAGUCGUACAGCGGCUGGCUGAGCAAGGGCCUGCCCCACUGGGACAUCGACAAGGUGGUGCUCACCGACAGCUUCGGCCGCAGCCAUUCCCUCUGCCGUCCGUCCACCAAGCUGAGCAGCGGCAGCCCCGUCCGCAUGCGCCUGCAGGCCGGCAACUGUGAGCUGGACAAUCAGGAGGAUUAUGGCGCCUACACCACCCAGCCGCCGCCACAGCCACAGCCACAGCCACAGGCCACACUGGCACCAGCCACGGGCACGGAUGUGCCGGACUCCAGUGUGCAGGAGUCGGGCCUGAGCGCCGCCGCCGUGGAUGGCGUGGAGAGCGUGAAGCAGCGCAAGGACAUCUUCAAUCUUGGCACCAGCUUCAAGCUGGCCCAGAACCAGACUUAUCCCCUCGACCAGGGCGACGAGCUGCCCUGGCAGCCCAUCCUGGUGGGCAACUCGCUGGACAACGAGACAGCCGAGGCGGCCGAGUCCAGUCGCAGUCUGUCGGAUGCGGCGGCGGGUGAGAUCUUCGAGCCCGUGCUGAAGGACAGGCGGCUGGUGGCCUUCAAUCGGGGUCGAAAUCUUCAGGACUACGGCCUCACCACGGAGGAGAUCAUGGAGCCGGUGCUCAAGGCCACCACGCCGCGGGUUAAGCAGGGCAAGGAGUUGGAUCUGCGACAGCUCGGCGACCCACCAGAGCUGCUCGCACAGACGACCGCCGCACCUGUCCCUCCAUCGCCAUCUGCAGCUGCAGCUGCGUCUGUGGCGCCACCCAAAAUGAUGGCACAGCUGGGCACUGGCCACACGAGUCACUCCGCCACUGGUGGCCAGGAGGAGCCGCAAACAGUGCAGCUGCUGCCGUUCCGCUUGGGCGAGCUGCUGCAGCGGGCCGAACGCUAUGCCCGCGAGACGCUCCUGCCCCUGAUCUCUGUGCAGGCGCCGCGCUUCUUUGGCUUCAACGUGACGCCACACGACCGGGAGCUGGCACGUCCGGCGAGCGAUCAGCGCAAGCCGCGCUACAUUCCCCGCUACGAGGAGUCCGCCUUUCUCAACAACAACACAAGCUCCAGCCAGACACCGCGCAGUGGCAGUGGCAGUGGCAAUGGGAAGACACGCGCCCAGAAGGCGGCUCGACGCUCAGCGGUCCAACAGCGAAAUCUCUUUCGGCUGAUGCGCGCACGUUCCGCCCAGAGGAGCGACGAGGAGCAACAGCAGCAGCAAGAGCAAGAGCAGGAGGAGCAGCAGCAGCAGCAGAAGCGGAAGGUACAGGAGAAUGAGGUCACCUACUACACCAAUAUGCUCCACUCGGAGUCCCGGUCCAUGCGUCCGGAGGUGCCCGAGUAUCGGCCAGUUUUCGUUGAUCUGCCCACCUAUCGACCACCUGUGUCGGCCACACCAUCAUCAUCAUCAGCAUCUGCUGCCUCAGCUUCAGCUUCAACCACAGUUUCGGUGUCUGGAUCAGCAUCGAAGCAUACCAGGGAGAGGGCGGUUCGGCGUCGAGGCAGAGCCUCCUCAUUGGCGCUCCAAUAAGGCUCCCGGCAACCAGUUAUCCAGGAAGAAGAACACUUUGUGAUAUGAGAAUCUGGCAGCGCCAUGCAAUCCCCGGAUCGUGGCUGGGGCAGACACCGAUCCCCCGCAAAGCUACCCAUCCCCAUCAUCCCCACCAUCAGCAUCCCUCAGCCGUCGCAUCAUCCCCAUCCAUCCCCAAUUUAUAUCGAGAACAGGCGGCGCACCAAAACUUUCGACACUGUAAAUAUAUAUAUGAUCCGACAGAUCGACAGACAGAUCAAUCAAAUCGGUGGAUUUAGUGUAUAAGUUUAUAAUGUGAGAGAUUUACGAAUAAGAAUUAAUACUACAGUCGAGUGUCUCGACUCUAAGAUAC